AUGGAUGCUUACUGUGAAAGACAAGGAAAAUCUUUAGCAUCACUUAGGUUUCUUUAUGACGGUGAACGUGUACAAAGUCACAAUACACCUGCAGAGUUGGAUAUGGAAGAUGGUGACUCUAUUGAUGUUAUGGUUGAACAAAUAGGUUUGUGA